CCACCACAACGCGAACUUCAGCCAUAUGAACAUAACAACUCGGAGCAUUAAACCCCAAACAUCCUCCCCACAGUUUGUUACAACCCGUUCUCCACAAGUCAUCCCCAACCAUGCGACGCGUCAGUGCCAAGCGAGCGAAAUGCCGACUCCCGCACCCCUUUACCGCAUUGGUGGUGCUCACGGCUCAUGUCCCGGAAACCUGAGAUACAGACGACCAACUGUUGGGGACAUGACUUGCUGCAGCAGCAAGGCGUUAAUGAAGAGUGCAACGUAGACUGCGACCCUCCUUGGCUCUCUGUGCCUCUUGUCACAGCGCCCACACUCAUUCUGCCGUUACUGUUCCUUUCGUAGCGACGAAAUCUGCGAUACCGCAUCGCAGGCCCACCAUGAUGGCACGCCCGCUCAACUCGAGCCUCAUCUUCGACCGCCGAGUGCUUCUGGGUCUCGGCGCCGUCGUUGUCCUCGCAUUCACAUUCGCCUUCCUCUACUCGCCAGACUUGCGACCGAGCUCCGACUGGAUACCACCGCUGACCUCGAAACCUACACCCGUUUUCGCCAUACCGCCGAAGAAUGCACAAGACCCCAACAUUGUUGAACUCGACUACCUCGCCAUCCAGCCCAAUGUCACAGACAAAGUGCGCUCGUACUGGAAUAUCCCGUACGCUGCGACUGCUGGCGGCAAGAACAGGUUUCGUGGCCCGCAGCCAGUAAACAGGACAUAUGGAAUCGGGAGGAAGGAGAAGCCGCUCGUUUGGAAAGGGGAUUUGGGCAUGUGUCCGCGCAUUCAGAAGAUCGAUGCAAGCCUGAGAAACAGAGAAGACGUCACGGGCGAGGACGUUCUUGGCAUCUAUGCUGACAAGACGGAAGACUGUUUGAGCCUGAACGUUUUCACGCCAUUCGAUGCUGAGGCUGGCGAUGAUCUGCCUGUCCUGGUCAACAUCCCUGGUGGUGGAUUUCACUUGCCCGGUAGGAGUAAUGGCGGCGAGAUGGUGGAAAAGGCCAGAAAGGAGAAGGGCAGGAACGGCAAGCUGGACAAGGGAAUCAUCGUAGUGACGAUGUACUACCGCAACGGUAUAUACGGCUUCCUCUCUGGCAAGGAGAUUGCAGAGGAUGGAGACUACAACAAUGCGCUCAGAGACCAGAGGGCUGCGCUCGAGUGGGUGCAGAAGUACAUUCGAUACUUCGGCGGCAACCCCGACCAUGUCGUCCUGAUGGGCACCAGUGCCGGAGGUGCUUCGGUCCUGCUACAGCUCACCGCUAACGAGGGAGACAACCACACUCCCAUCCCUGGCACCGGCAGGAAGCCUCUCUUCCAUGGCGCGAUCGCCCAAAGCCCCGCAAGCCCGACCUUUUUCACAUCUACGCAAGCUGAGAAGUUCUGGAACGAAGUCGCCGACGGACUGAACUGCACUGACAUCACUUGCGUCCGCAACGCCUCACCCGGCGAUCUCUAUUACGAGAACUACCCCAUGUCCUUCCCCAGUCGCAACACACCUCCGCGCUGGAUGUGGGCCCCCACCCCAGAACCUGCGGGUGGCAUGUGGACUGAGCCUGCACCAGCAGCCAUCAUGCACAACCGAUACGCCAAAGUCCCUACCAUCGUUGGCUUCACAUCGAAUGAGGGUUCGGAUCAGGUCAAGAAGACGACUGACACGCUUGGCGAAUUCAAAUCCUACCUCAAGGACCACUACCCACUGCUUACAGACGACGAUCUCGAUACGCUUGCUAAGACAUAUCCCAACGACCGUCACUGGCCCGACAGUGGAAGAUACUGGGAUGCAGUAGCUAAGGCACAGGGCGACAUCCGAUACAUCUGCCCAACAUACCUUGCUUCGAAUGCCAUGGGCACGCACAACCCUGAGAAUGUACCAACGUACCAAUAUCAGUGGGACGUCAUGUGGGGCGUCGACAUCGAGAAUGGCUUCGGAACCAAGCACGCUGGCACAGUCGGUCAGGUCAUGGUGCGCCGCCAGAACGAGAUCUCGGAUUACUUUAUCAGCUUCAUCAAGUACCUUGAUCCUAAUGUCGAGAAGAGCAAGGACACACCAACAUGGGAGAAGCUAGACAGCAGGAAGAGGAGAAUGUUCUUCACCAACAUCAAGGAGGGUGGCAAGAGGGGAGAUGGUACAAACAUGCUUGGCAAGAUGCGUAUGUGGAUGGCAGGUAAAGAUGAGAGCAGAGAAGCGAACUGCGGUGUCAUUAGGGGGCUGAUGAAGAGGUUGCAAAUGGAGGAUGUUGAUGCGCUGACGCUGGACUCGUAAGCGCUGAGGUCGACGAGAAGCCGUCGAGUCGUUCGCGGCGGUUUUAAGUUGCUGUAUAUAUCCUAGGGCAUAUUGGAGCAUUUACAGGCGUUUGGAUAGAUGCCUCAUCGUACGCGAUGCGUGGUUGUACAAACCCAUUUUGUUUGUUG